AUGUCAAAUAAUUUAGAAAACAAUCGAAAUCUCGUUGAUAAAGCAAAUGAGGCAACUAAUGUAGAAUUUCUUGGACCUUCAAUAAAUUAUAAUAGAGAAGAUUAUGAAAACUCAAAUAUGGGUUGGAACUCUGAAAAUAAAAUAAAUGAAAUGCGUGAGGGAGGUGCAAGAUAUCUUAUUGCAAGACAAUUCAACAAAGUUCACAAUGAUUCAGGAGAAAAUAAAACUAUUGGAAAGCCAAUUGGUUUUUUAAUGUUUCAAUUCACUUGGGAAGAGACAAUGGCAGAUGAUGAUCAAGAAAUUGAACAUAUAGAACCACAUACUAUUUCAUUAUUAUCAAUAAAGUCCUAUAAAAGACCACCUAUCAUUCAACCUGGUUCAGAAAGGUGGGUGGAAGUGGAUAGUAAUGAAGACUUUCACGUCGAAACAGCUUUACGUAAUUUUCGUAGUGGUUUAUUUGAUAAUUUAAAAGUUAAUAAUAGUGGUGGUGGUAGCGGUGGUGAACGGUUAACAAGACGUAGUAUAUUUGAUGAUUUAAAAUUUGGUGAUGGUAGUGAUCCAUUUCCUGUUAAUCCUAUUGGAUCAAAAUGGCAAAGACCAAAAUCAAAAGAAAUUUUUAAUCGUUCAUCUGAAAGGAAAUCCAAAGAACUUAUAUCACAAAUGGAACCACCAGAAGAUAUAUCAUCAUCAAAUAUUAUGGGAGAAAUUAAUAAUGAUGUUGAACAAGAAAAACAAAGGGCACGUCAAAAAUUUGGAAUUAAAAAAGAUAAAGCUAUAACAUCAAUCGAAUCACGGAAAUUUAGUAAAACCAUGAAAAAAGAAAAUUUUGAAGAGGAAGAGGAGGAAGAAGAUUUUGAUAUGGAAUUCGAAUUUGAAAGAUCAAAGAAAAAAAAGCAACAACCAAUUAUUCAAGAAUUACCCAAAAUUAAAAAGGAAAUUUAUCUUCCUGAAGCUAUUAGUGUUUCGAAUUUAGCUAAACUUAUUGGAGAACGAUUAGCACCAUUUGAACAAAAAUUACGUAAUCUUGGAAUUGAAUAUACAACUCACGAUCAUUUGUUAAAUGCUGAAGAAGCAUCAUUGAUCGCGAUGGAAUAUGACCUAAGUCCCGUGGUUAAUUCAGAAGCUGCCAUAGAUCUUUAUUCAAAUGAUAUGUCAAAGUAUCCACUUCGGCCUCCUAUAGUAACUAUAAUGGGACAUGUGGAUCAUGGUAAAACUACACUUUUAGAUUCUUUACGAAAAUCUUCCGUAGCAGCUGGUGAAGCAGGUGGAAUUACUCAACAUAUUGGAGCUUUCUCAGUCACAUUACCUUCCAAGAAAACUAUUACUUUCCUUGAUACGCCGGGUCACGCAGCAUUUUCUGCUAUGAGAGCUAGAGGUGCUCAUGUAACUGAUAUUGUUGUUUUAGUGGUUGCAGCAGAUGAUGGUAUAAUGCCUCAAACUAUUGAAGCAAUUAAACAUGCCAAAGAUGCUGGAGUUCCAAUGGUCGUGGCAAUUAAUAAGAUUGAUAGACACGACGCGAAUGCAUCUAAAGUACGCGAAUCCCUUUUGGCACAUGGCGUGGAACUUGAAGAGUAUGGUGGCGAAACACAAUCUGUUGAAAUUUCUGCAUUAAAGAGUCAAGGUUUGGAUAUAUUAGAAGAAUCAAUUAUAAUUUUAGCUGAAUUAUCAGAAUAUCGUGCUGAAGUUGAUAUUGAAGCUGAAGGAAAUAUAAUAGAAUCUCAAGUAGAAAGAGGCAAAGGAAAUGUUGCUACAGUUUUAGUGAAACGUGGAACUUUAAAACAAGGAGAUAAUAUCGUUGCCGGUACAAGUUGGUGUAAAGUUAGAUUAAUGACAAAUGAUAAAGGUGAAUCACUUAAGAAAGCAUUACCCGGUACACCAGUAAAAGUUAUGGGAUGGAAAAAUUUACCAAAAGCUGGUGAUGAAGAACUCGCCAAAACUGUAGUUAAUAAUAGGUUAUUAAAAGAAGAACGAGAAAGACAAAUCAAAGAUCUUGAAGUAAUUAAUGAAAAACGAAGACAGCGUAAAAAAGAAAUAGAAGAGAAACAUGCAAGUGCUAGAAAUUUCAAAAAGGAAGUUUGGAUGUUUCAUAGAGGAUUACUUAAAGAAUAUCCAACAAUGGAAUCACCAUUUGAGAAUAAUAAAGAACAAGAAUCAGAAGAAGAGAAAAUUAAACAAUUGAGUGUUAUUGUUAAAGCUGAUGUGAGUGGAUCAGUUGAGGCGGUAGUAAAUUCACUUGAUUCAAUGGGAAAUGAUGAAGUUUGUGCUAAUGUGAUUGAUUUUGGAGUUGGAGAUAUUAAUGAAUCAGAUGUUAUAAAAGCAUCCGCUUCAAAAUCUUUAAUCUAUGGAUUUAAUGUUAAAGCAAAUUCCAAAGUUACAGGAAUAGCGCAAUCUGAACAAGUUGAUAUCAUUACACAUAAUAUUAUAUAUAAAUUAUUAGAUGAUGUAAAAUUAAGAUUAAGUCAGAUGUUACCACCAAUCAUAGAAACUCAUGUUACAGGGGAAGCAACAAUAUUAAAAAUAUUUGAAAUUAAUAUUCGAAGUAAAGAAUUUAAAUCAAUAGCAGGAUUAAAAACCGACAUUCCUGAAGCUAAAAAAGGGUUAGAAUGUGGGAUGUCAUUUGAAGGAUUUAAAGAAUUUAAAGAAGGAGACAUAAUUCAAAGUAUAAUUAUUAAAGAAGUACCACGUAGUUUAUAA